AUGGUUCUUUACGUGGCAGCUAUCGUGAGUUACCUCGGUAUAUUCGCGAGUAGUACGUUUAUGGGGUGGAGUUCACCGGUUUUACCACUUUAUGAACGAGGCGAUUCACCAUUUCAUCUCUCGGGCAGCGAAGGCGCCUGGGUUGCAUCACUGAAUCUCCUGGGUGCAGCAGUUGGCCCUCCCGUUUGUCUGCUAUUUGCCCAUUCCGUCGGAAGAAAAACUCUUCUCAUUUUCAGUGUUCUCCCUUUUGUGAUUGGGUGUAUCACCAUUGCCUUUGCUACCUCUGUCUAUCACCUGUAUUUCGCGAGGUUCAUAAGUGGAAUGGGCACAGGAACUGCAAUUUGCGUAAUGCCGAUGUAUCUCGGAGAAAUAUCACCCCCCCAUCGUCGAGGAUCGCUCUUAGCGUUCAUCAUAAUGUCCUCGAGACUCGGAAUACUCUUCGCCUACGCGGUGUAUCCUUUCGUGUCCAUCGCUGUCGGAGCACUGGUGUCCAUGAUCCUGCCACUGGUAUACGUACUGUCCUUCAUUUUCCUACCGGAGUCCCCCUAUCACUGGAUGCGAAAGGGGAAGAGGGAUGCUGCUGCUAAAUCCCUGAUACGUCUCAGAGGCACAAAAGACAUUCAAGAGGAAUUGGAUCGCAUCGAGACAUCUGUCAAAGCCGAGAUGGCGAACAGUGGUGGAUUCCGCGAGCUUCUAUUCGUUCCCGGCAAUCGAACGUCUUUGUUCGUCAGUGUCGUUCUGGGGGUGAUUCAACAGUUGUCCGGAAGCCAGGCAAUCAUGCUGUACGCGCAGAAUAUAUUUGAUGCCGCACAUGUAGCCGUCGCGGGGAAGUACAUGGCGAUAAUUCUAGGCGUCGUGCAGCUGUUCUUCACUGGUGUUUGCGGCUUCCUGGUCGAUUAUUUCGGCCGGCGUCCGCUUCUCCUGUCCUCGACAGUUGGAUCGCUCGUAUCUACCACCAUUAUUGCCGCUUAUUUCCAUCUGAAAUCCUCGGCUUUUGAUACUUCUCACAUCGAGUGGCUCCCCGCGACUGGAUGUAUGUUGUACGUCGUAUUUUAUUCCCUUGGACUUGCUCCACUUCCAACAGCAAUGACCGGUGAGCUUUUCCCAACCAACACGAAAUCCCUCGGUUGUGCUACCGCGGUGUUCUGUACGUACAUAGUCGGAUUUGGGGUCGGCAAAGUUUACCAGAUAAUUUGUGACUCGGUGGGAACCCACGUUGGAUUUUGGAUAUUCGCAGUUUGCAACGUAAUAGGAAUUAUUUAUAUUUACUUUUUCGUGCCGGAGACGAAGGGAAAGACUCUGCAGGAAAUUCAAGAGGAUCUGAACCGGAGGACGAGCGUUAUAUCUAUGAAAAAUAGCGCAUGGGUGGCUGGGUGA